AUGGAAGACCCCCUCAGUGCAGGAGCAGUUGUUAUCAGCCUCCCCGGUAUCUUCAUGUCCUGCGUGCAAUGCUUCGAACUCAUCCAAUGUGGGCGGAAUAUAGAGCGAGACCUACUCAUUCUAACGACAAAGUUCAGUAAUCAGCAGCUACGAUUCACGAAAUGGGGCGAAGCAUGUGGGCUUGGAUAUCCAAAUGGAUACGAUCCCCAACUAGACGACGCCCAAUUCAAACCGAACAUCGAGCGUACUCUGUGGAGUAUAAAGCUUGUCUUGGACUCGGGAAUUACCGUUAUUGAAUCGUACGAGACAGAUCCGACGGAGAAGGCCGCCAAUGUGCUGCUACGAGGGACUGCAGCUCGGUGGUCUUGGACUGCUGUAAAAGAACGACUUCGCAAAAGCACCAAACAUUCAGGCUUUAAGGAGGCUACGAAAUGGGCUCUGGCAGAUAAGAGAAAACUAGACGACUUAGUCAAGCACCCUAGCGACUUAGUUGGAGACUUGGAAUAUCUUACCAAAGACCUUGGGGUUCCCGCACGACAAAGGAUCCUGGUGCAGUACGAAAUCGAAUCGAUUUCUGACACUGAAACACUUGAGAUCAUC